AUGCACGCCGCGCCGGGCAGCCAGUGGAACAGCUCCAACGACAAGCCCAGGCCCAACUUCGGGGUGCAACCGCUGGACGACCUGUCGGUGCGGCGUCUCGUGCACGUGGCCGCGCAGCUCACCCCCCGCCACUACGUGGUCAUGGAGGUGAAGGCCAACCUCGUCCGGGGCGA